AUGUGUGCAGAGCGUCUGUCGAAGAUGGAGGAGGAGGGCAGGGAGAGGGAAGAGCGGCUGUCGUUCCAGGAGUCUCUCAUCGCCCGGUUGGAGGCGGACCUUGCCGCCGUCCGAGGGCUGAGCCUCCUCUAUCGGGGCGAGGGAGAGGGUGAGGAGGCGACGUCUGCGGUGGUGGCGGAGGCCGUUCGGGACAUCUACACGACCAGCGUCCACAUGGACUCCUACAAGUCGGAGUCUUCUGCGGCAGAGACCCUACUCCCCAUCGUCUCCGCCCAGAGGGAGCGCUUCAAGAAGAGGAACGAGGAGUUGGAAUCCCAGGCCGAGCAGCACCGUCAUCAGCUGAGCGCCCUCCAAGACGAGAUCAACAUCCUGAGGGAAGACAACCUCCAGCUCUACCAGAAGAUCCGCUUCCUCCACAGCUAUCAGCCGGAGGGGCGAGCAGAUCCGAUCGGAGCGGAGUCGCGCUACUCGAGCCAGUACGAGGCCCGUCUGGACCCCUUCUCGUCCUUCCGUGGUCGGGAGCAUCAGCGACGAUAUGCCACCCUCUCUCCCUUCGAGAAACUCACUCUCUCCAUGGCAAGUAUUCUCUUCUACACUCCAACCCGAACCUGUGAUGUUCUGGGUCGGAUGGUGAUGGGGAACAGGAUGGCCCGGACGCUGGCCUGCGUCUACAUGUUCGCUCUGCACGCGCUCGUCUUCGUCGUGUGCUACAAGCUGGCGUACACCCAGGAUUGCCACGACAAGGCUGCAUUCGAGUGUGCCAAACGGUACCAGGACCAUAUGAGGGAAGUGCACCAGAAAGAUGUUUAAACACGUUGCGAGAGAAGAAAGGGGUGACGGGGGGCCAGUUUGCAAGGUUCUUGAACGUAUCAAAAUAAUUCAGAGAAUUGAAGAAAUCAUUUGUGUAAAAAUAUCCAGGUACGAAAAAAUGAGAAUAUUUAAUCUGAUCACUAUGGAAUAUUUGGAUGAAAAUGGAGUUGGACGGUGGAAAGAAAUUGAAUGUCGGUCUUUCCUCAAAUGAAGUACUUAAUGACGACAUGUAGGAUUGGAGUGAUGAGGCUGGUGGUGGGUUUCUCUCUCUCUCUCUCUGCUGUACAUACACAUACACACUCGGAAAGAUGACACCGGGGACGUGUUCUGAAUAUGCCUGUAUCAAGUUUGUUGUAACAAAUAUUUCUUGAAUAAAAAGUACUUUCACCUGCAG